UAAGAAAAACGAUUGAGUUAGACGAAGAGGCAAUGGUAGGAGAAGGAUAGUUUGGGUAGACGAAACGGUAGAGUUUUGGUUAUUCUCAGAUUCUUGUUGUUGAGAGACUGAUGAACUACUAGAAAAAAUUACCAGUAUCUCCCUCAAGGUUAAAAGCGUCAUUUACGGUAAAUUGGGGAAUAAAAUGGUAAAGAGAAGGAGGCUUUUUGGUGGUGGGAGUAGGUGAUGCCAAAGUAGACGACUACUAAUAGUAGUAAACAAAACCUUUGGCUUUAACACUCUCCUCCAAAUCCCAGAUCUCUCUCUGUCUCUGUCCCGCGGAGUCCCCGAGAGAUUGAUCACCAUCACUUUUGUACCUUCCUUGUACUACCUAUGGCGUCUGCUAGCUUCGUUAAGCCUAACACCCUCUCUUCUCCAUGGAUCGGCCAACGCUCCUUUGCUCACACCUCUGCUUCUUCUUCUCCUCCUCCUCGAGUCUCCUUCGCGAUCCGCGCCGGUGCUUACUCCGACGAGCUUGUUAAAACCGCCAAAAGCAUUGCAUCCCCUGGGAGAGGUAUCUUGGCGAUCGAUGAGUCCAAUGCAACCUGUGGGAAGAGGCUUGCUUCUAUCGGCUUGGAUAACACCGAGGACAACCGUCAGGCCUACAGGCAACUUCUGCUUACCACUCCUGGCCUCGGCGAUUACAUCUCUGGUUCCAUUCUCUUCGAGGAGACUCUUUACCAGUCCACCAAGGACGGUAAGACCUUUGUCGAUUGCUUGCGCGAUGCCAACAUCGUCCCUGGCAUCAAAGUUGACAAGGGCUUGUCUCCCCUAGCCGGUUCCAACGAAGAGUCUUGGUGCCAAGGCUUGGAUGGAUUGGCCUCACGCUCUGCUGAGUACUACAAGCAAGGCGCUCGUUUUGCCAAGUGGAGGACAGUGGUGAGUGUUCCCUGCGGUCCUUCAGCACUGGCUGUGAAGGAAGCUGCGUGGGGGCUGGCUCGCUAUGCAGCCAUCUCUCAGGAUAAUGGUCUUGUCCCCAUUGUGGAGCCAGAGAUCCUUCUGGACGGGGACCACCCAAUAGAGAGGACUCUGGAGGUGGCAGAGAAAGUGUGGUCAGAGGUGUUCUUCUACUUGGCACAGAACAACGUCAUGUUUGAGGGCAUUCUGUUGAAGCCGAGCAUGGUCACCCCAGGCGCUGAGCACAAGAACAAGGCCUCUCCCGAGACCGUUGCAGAUUUCACGCUCACCAUGCUGAAAAGGAGGGUUCCUCCGGCUGUCCCAGGGAUCAUGUUUCUGUCAGGAGGACAAUCAGAGGCAGAGGCCACACUGAACCUGAACGCCAUGAACCAGAGCCCAAACCCAUGGCAUGUGUCCUUCUCAUACGCACGUGCCCUGCAGAACUCCGUGCUCAGAACAUGGCAAGGCAAGCCGGAGAAGAUUGAGGCCUCGCAGAAGGCACUGUUGGUGAGGGCAAAGGCCAACUCACUGGCCCAGCUCGGCAAAUACUCAGCCGAGGGAGAGAACGAGGAUGCCAAGAAAGGAAUGUUUGUCAAGGGUUACACCUACUGAUUUGUUAAUUUCAGAGAUCGUAAUAAGGAUUAAGGACCAUUGUUGUCUUUUGUUUUUUUUUCCCUUUUUUGUUUUGUCUCUGAGAAAGAAAGACAGUCACGAGUCACGAUCAUAUCAUAUAUGUAUGUGAGCAACGUGAAAACAUCCUCUUAAAUCUAUAUUUCCUCUCAGAAAGACUGAUUACUGUUUGACUGCAAAACCAAAUUGUGUAAUUCUUCUUUUAAGUUUACAAAAUUUUUGGAGGGCGAUUAGGUAAAAUUGGCAUAGUUGCAAGUUCAG